CACGUCCAGCAGCAUUAAAUGGACCGUGUGCCAAAUACAAUGGACCGUUAGUUUAGGACGGAAGUCGCGUAGGAAUAAAACGCGUGAUCAAUCAAUAGGAAACUAAUCCGCGUGCUGCUAUUUAAUAACGAAACAGCGCUAUCAUCUUCAUUUAAAAUAAAUGAUAUACUCUGCAAAAAAAUUGAAAAUUGACGGGAAAAGAUGCUGCUGCUAGUUUUUCUCGGGCUGAUUUGUUUCUCCGCAGCCGACAAGGAGAGCCCAAUCCCCGUCAGUGAUACCGGAGAGGGCACGCGCUGUGACGCAGACCUAGACAUCGCUCAAACGUGUAUCGCCUGCUCAAGACUUCCACAGGUGAUCGCCGUCAAGUUAACAGACUGCUGUGGUGAGGACAAAGCAUUUCAGUUCUGUCAAAUCUGUACAAAAAAUACUGAAGAUUGCUUAAAGCAGGCAUACAGCAUCAACAAUCUCGAUGAAAGUGUUCUGCAGGAUAAUCCUGAAGAUUCAGAAAGAGAAUUAACACCGGAAGAGAGUGAGGAAAUGGAUAAGAGGUUUGGAACACUGUCAAUGGGCGGAUCUCGUGGAUACUUAUACGGCAAACGAGAUGUUGAUAAGAGAUAUGGACGUUUAGGAUUUGGUGGAUCCCGCGGUUUUCUUUACGCAAAACGAAGCGAUGAUAAGCGCUACAGCCGCUACGGCAUAGGCGGAUCAAGAGGAUAUUUAUACGGUAAAAGAGAUAUGGAUAAGAGAUAUAAAAGUUUAGGAAUAGGCGGAUCAACUGGCUAUCUCUAUGGGAAAAGAGACGAGAUGGACAAAAGGUUCGGAAGAUUAGGAUUAGGCGGAUCCAGUGGGUACCUUUAUGGAAAACGGGACGAUGAAAAAGAAAAGCGCUUUUGGAGACUUGGUGUCAAAGGAUCACGUGGUUUCUUAUACAAUAAACGCUUUGGACGACUAGGAAUGGAUUCGUCCAGUGGAUACCUAUACGGAAAACGAUAAGCAGACAAAAGAUUCGGACAAUUUAAUUUCUGAGACUCUCGAGGAUUUAUGUAUUAAAUUUCCUUUAAUAGCUAGUGCAUUUACAUUAUUCUACUUUCAUAUAUAUUUUUUGUAUUGAAUGUAAAUAUUUGUGAGUGGAUUGAGUGAGACAAUCAAUCUCAUUUUGUGUGAUAAAAACGUUAUUUAAUAUCAAUCAUACUGGUUUUUAUGCAAUAAACUGAGAAGAAUGAC